AAACACACUUUGGAAAGUUGUGGUCAUUUAGUUGAAAUCUAUGACAAUCCAAUGUAAAUAAAUUCACAUUUGUCCAAACAAAAGUGCAGCCCAUAGAGAGCUACAAUGCUGAGUUAGGACAAAAGGGUGAUGUAGCUCUAUCCACUUGAUGCUUCUUUUUAAUUGUGUGUGUUUUAUAUUUACAAAAUGUACAUAUACAAAGCCAAAAAUGUUCACAUGUUCAUCAUCAUCAAUCACUAUGCAAACAAGAUCCUAAAAGGGUCAUUGAGUUUUUGCAGUUCCAAAAUCAAGAAAUAAGUAGUAAUAAAGUUUCAAGAUUGCUACAAAUUAAAUAUUUAUUUCAGAUGGCAAAGGUGCAUCCUCAGCUCGUUGCUUCCUGCACUUCAUCAAAGCAAGAAGUGUUCACUCUUUGGAUGAAGUCUCUCAUCAUGAGCAGCAACGGUUGUGCUGUUUUCGAUUCCAACGGUCGUAUCGUAUUUCGUGUCGACAACUAUAGCCACAGAUGCACCACUCAAAUCUGCAUCAUGGAUGUCACAGGCCAAGUCUUAUUUACCAUAGUUAAAAAGAAAUUCUCCCUCUUUGCAACAUGGGAGGGAUACAGAUCAACAACGAGCUCAAAAUCCAGCAAGGUGUUUAAGGUUCGAAAACUCAUGGGAAUCACUAGGAUUCUGGGAUGUUUUAGAGGUUACUCAAUUUGCAAAGCUUUGAUCAAACUAGAUGAAGACUUUCUAUGUGAAUACAAAAUGGAGAAUCAAAGUUCUAAGCAAUCUUGCAGAAUAGUUGAUGCUUUUGGUGGGCUUGUUGCAGAGGUAAAAAGAAAGAUAACAACAAGUGGAGUUGUUCUUGGAGAAGAUGUGUUGACAAUGGUUGUUGAGCCUCAUAUUGAUCACUCUCUCAUUAUGGGAUUGGUGGUUGUUUUUGGUCUCAUGCAUCAUAAGUUGUGAAGCUCUUGUGAUUAAAAAAAGAAAAAGAAAAAAAAAAACCAAGAUUGUUUUUCUAGCUCGGGCAUAUGAUCGAUCGCCUUGCAUCACUUGUACAAAUCGCGAUUCAAUGUGUUCGGAUUUGCCAAACGAAGGAGGAGAAGAUUAAAAUCAGAGCAGAACAUCGAAUGAAGAUUAUUUGCAUGUAUAAGUUUUGAAAUAUGUAAUUUAACCAUAAUUAAGAUAAAUGAUCAUAUAUGGUUAAUUAUGCAA